AUGCAGAAAUUAGGGAGGGGUUGGGGGGGGCCACGGCCCCUGCAAGUGCUAUGUGGCUCCGUCCCUGUGCAUGGUCAAUUUUCAGUUAAGUCUGAUGUUUUCAGUUUUGGAGUGUUAGUUCUGGAAAUUAUAAGUGGACAGAAGAAUGGCUAUUUCAAAAACAGAGAAUCUGCAGAAUACCUUCUAAGCUAUGCUUGGACACAGUGGCGGGAAGGGACAGCCAUGAAUCUGGUAGAUCCCAUCCUGAAAGGAAAAUCUGGUGCAGGUUCAUCAGUGGGUGAAAUGAUGAGGUGCAUACACUUGGCAUUGCUUUGUGUGCAAGAAAACGUUGGAGAUAGACCAACAAUGUCCACAGUUGUUCUCAUGCUUAGUGGUUUUUCUAUGAGUCUUCCAGUGCCAUCUGCACCAGCAUUCUUCAUUCACAGUACUCUCAGUCCUGAGGCUAUGCUGGAGCGUAAUGAAGCUGCAGCAGCUUAUUCAUCGCAAAAUGAGGCCUCCAUUACUGAGUUAUAUCCCAGAUAG